CGCAAAACGAAUUGAAGGUCAGUCCAGCAGUAGAGCUGUGGUGUAGAGCGGUGGUAGAAUUAUACCAGCAGAUGUGCGGACAGUGCUUUGUCAACAAUGAACGUACUUGGAAAAUAAUUGUGAUCAGAAUCCAGCAAAAAAAAAAAAAACCUCAACAAUGAAAAAGUCAGAAAAUGAAAGCUUUUCAUGGAUAGUGAUGUUUCUCGUUAUGAUAUUUGGUUCCGGUACAUGGCUUUCCUUCAAUGCAUUGUGGGUAGAGUUACCUCUACUUGUAGCUACUGGCGUCCCAGAAGGUUACACAUUAGGUUCAUAUUUGAUUAUUAUUACGCAGAUUGGAAAUAUCGGCCCUUUGUUGUUCACAAUUGCAACUUAUUGUUCACCAAAGAAAAAAAGACUUGAGAUUCCAACUAUUUACAUUCUGAUAUCUUUAGCAUCAUUGUCGACGUUGCUGUUGAUAUUUUUCUGGGACACGACAUCUUACUGGAUCGUGGACAAUCAGGAACACAGUACUGCGAUGCUAUUGUUGACCCUUGUCAUGGCUGCUGUGGCCUGUACAACUCCUGUCACCUACAUCCCAUUUAUGUCCAGAUUCCCUGGAAGGUAUCUCAUGUACUUCUUCGUUGGUGAGGGGUUGAGUGCCCUCUUGCCAAGUAUGGUUGCGUUAAUGCAGGGAGUUGGAGAGCAGCCUCAAUGUGUUCCAUUAUCAGAGGUAUAUUCCAAUACGACUACGGAAGGUAAUAUAACUGUGCUGCUAGAGUGUAGGGAUUGGGAGAUUGAGUAUCCACAAGCAAGGUUUUCAACAGAAGUGUUUUUCAGUUUUUUAUUUGUGAUGACAUUCUGUAGUAGCAUCUCUUUUCUCCUGCUAAACUAUUUACCAAUUGCCAAACAAGAACAAUUAAAGAGUGUGAACAGUGAAGAUGCAGCACCAAAGAAAGAGGAGAGGACUAGUACAUAUAUGUUGAGGAAUGGAACAUCAGCAGACAGAGACCCUGAUGUAAAAGAACAAGAGACAUCGUUGAUGUCAAGGAGGAAUAAUGGUGAUCAACCCACUGAAGAGUUUCAGGCAGUCAGUCCAGAUGAUGACAUAACUAGCGAUGGUGAUGAAGCUACACAAGAGGUUAAGACAGUCAAUCUAGAUGAUCCUGAUGUCAAAACUGUUAACCUGCCAUUUGGGCUUCUUGGCAGGAGAUGUGUCAUCUAUCUUCUGGUUCUUCUUGGAUGGGUGAAUGCACUUGGUAACUCAGUUUUACCAGCCAUCCAAACAUAUUCCUGUGGACCGUAUGGCAUGAAGACCUUCCAUUUAGCUGCUGCUCUGGAUAACAUUGUUAUGCCAAUCAUGUAUCUUGCUGCCUCCUUCAAGAUGUUUUCUAGUAUCCUGUUGGUUUCUGUGUUGACAUUUCUGGUGACCAUAACUGGAGCGUAUUGUAUGUUGACGGCAGCUUUGAGCCCAUCUCCUCCUCUUCAGUUCUCUGCUGCUGGAGAUGUCAUUGUGAUCUUAGCUUGGAUGUGUACGGCUGGAUUAUUUUGUUAUGUGAAAGCAACAAUUGGAGGGAUUAUGCGUAGUCAGCCUAACAAUCGCCUGUUGUUACUUUGGUUUGGUAUAGUGACCCAGAUUGGAUCAUUUGUUGGAGCUGUCGUAAUGUUUCCUCUUGUCAAUGUUUUUAAUGUAUUUGAAGAGUAUUAUGAAGAUCCAUGUGCAGGGGUUGACUUAUGUGUUGAAAGCAUUAAAUUGUUAUAAAGUAUAUCAUCAUUUUAAAGUGUUGGACCAGGAUUGACUUAUCAAUUUGUUUAAAAAAUCAUCAUUAAGAAACCCAAGAUAAUAGUACGAAUGCUGCCACUAAAAUCACCAUCAUUUUUUUACACUACCAUUAUGCAACAAAACCACCAUCGUGGAAAAUACCAUCAAUAAGGCAAUGUGUCUUCCAAAGAAGACACAUUCAUUAUCAUUAUCAUUAACACUAUCAUUAUGCUAACAUUAAUAAGAGCGUAUCAUUUAUGAACACGACAGUUUGGAUGACUAUUAAAGGAUUAAGAACAUCACCAUAAGAAUACUACAUAAGAGCACCACCAUAUUAGGAAUACCACUCUAUUUAUAAAAUCAUCGUAGAUUCGGGUUAUUGACAAUUUGGAAAUUACUAUAUUAGAUUAUUUCAGAUAUUUGCAGUCAAUACUGUUUUUUUAGAAUAGACCUCCUCCUCUACAACGCUUGAUUCAGUGGCACUGUUUAGAAUGACAAUCAACAUUUUGGCUUAUUCGUAAGGUGUAGUGCAGUAACCUCUAAAGUAAAUUAAGUUUACAAUUUUGCUUUCGUUUAUCAUUGUUCUCAAACGAAGUCUAGCUUUCAUUUUCGUGCCACAGCAUUGUUAUUUGGUAUUGUGUGAUUUAUUAUACAGUACUGUUAUACUAUUAAAAACCAUCGAGUUCUCCCUAUGUAGUGUAAUUUAAAUUUCAAAAUAUAAUGAAUAUUUCAUCGUAUGUAUUUUAUAAUAAAUUAUAUAUAAUUUAUCAUGUUAUUGAAUAAAAUAGUGUUUUCUUCGAAA